AUUUGAUGCUUAAAGUGAGUAGCUAAUGGCUGACGUGGAAGGAUGACAUGAAACAGACAUAUGGUGCGGCGGAGGAGCCGUGCAGCUGGGAGAGGGCUGCCCACACUGUGAAUUUGCUGCUCGCCAAUGAGUGUCCGUGCCACUUGGCCCCCAUCCUAGCUCUGACACUGCACUCCUGGUGCCACCUCACAGUGCAGCUGACAGAUUCCCUUCCUUCUUUUUGUGUGUACUUUUAAUUUGAAUGCUAUGCAAACCUGCAAAUAGCAAAAGAAGAUGGGUGUUCAACUGGUUAUUCAGGCCAUUGAACUUCUGCACUGACUUUUUUGACCAUCCGAAAAAAUCAAAGGCAUGCGUGUUUGUUUCUUGAAAGAGAAACAUGCUUUUACCUUUUGUAGUCUAGAGGACUACUUGUUUUAAUGAACACAACAAAAAAAACUGCGUUUUCUUCGUGCAGUAGCUCCUGAAAGCUCAAGGCGCCUUUGCAGGUUUGGGAACAAUGGGACACUUGGAGCGCUUGACCUGCCUGCUGUAACGGGUUUGCAGGUAGAUGAAAAGAAGGACACAGCCCCACAGCGGUCUGGGCUGUGCCUCAGCAUCCAGCAGUCUCUUCCUGGAGGGCUUGCUGACUCACCUGCCCUGAAGCAGCCUGCACCCCACCACUUGUCACACUGCAGACCUACCUUCGACCUCUCCUUGUUUGCUCUGUUGGAGUAAACACCUGAGAUUUGCUCAGCAAAUGGCAUAGCUCUGUACUCUGUGACAAAAGCACUUGUGGGUAACAUCUGUGGGCUGCAUUCCACAGAGACACGAGUGGUGACCAUCGUGAGAUGCACGUUAGUGGGAAAGUGCUGCAACAUCCACUUUGCUUUCCAGAGCUGCAAAAUAUAAUCAUGAUGUAAAUGCCAAGGAUGUAAGCAGCAUGAUGAGUAAUUAAGAGGACACAAAAUCCUUCCUUAUCCUCCUUUCUGUCCCACUCAGAGUCAUUCUGCACACCCACAAAACUAAUACAAGUGGUGUCAGCUGCAGAAUUGCACUAAUUCCUUACUUUCUUCCUUACACUUCUGUCAGUGUGGGUUCUGUUUGUAACAAAAAGAAUGGAUCUCUUCUUCACGUUUUAGGUUGAAAGUAAUUUUUCUCUCUCUGUGGAAUCCACUCCCUGUUUGCAUUCUGAGGUCAGAGUCUGACCCACGCUUUGAAUUUUGUCCUGUCUGCUCUUGGCUCUGGAGGAGGAGGCACAGAGCUCCUCACACCUUCAUGGAUCUGUGCAGGAACUGUGCAAAUCAUUAACUAACGGCAGCUGCAGGAGGAGCUGGUUGCUGAGGGCGAGUGGAGGUCUGCUUUCCAUGUUUAUCACCCCGCAUGUGCAGGAAGGAGAGCAGUGCUGCAGCAGAGGCUGUGCAGCCCUGUGUCCCUUCCAGCACCAAGACAUUGCAGAACAGAGAAGUAAAUUCCAGGGGGAGGAGAGGAAGCAGACAGUGGCAGAAAAGAAUGCUGCUCCUAAACUUCCAGACAAAAUCUUAAUGAACAGAUUCUUUGUGUUGUUUAAGAUCCAGAAGUGUUAAUUGUGAUUACAGCUCUGAGGUACAGGUCCUGAGCUGUGGCUGCAGGAACUUGAUGCAAUUGGAAUAUCUAUUCAAAACUUAGUUUCCCCUGAAAUUAUUUCUCUUAUUAUUAUUUAUGGAUUAUGUGAAAACCUAGAAGGAAGCUCUCAAGAGCACACUCCCAUUUAUUAGCACUGGGGAGCUGCAAGUGUGAGCAGCUCCCAGAGAACGCCUGGGAACAGAAGCAGAGAGGGUGAGGCCGUGGUGUGGGACUCAGGCUGUAGGGCAGCCCUGCAACCAAGCUGCUGCUACUUGGAAAAGAACCCAGCAGGAAGCAAUGAUUUCUAAGAUACAAGUGCAUGAGUGGUUUUGUGUAUGAUUGAUUUUAUUUCUUUCCCAGAAUUGGAGCUGUAGAGUGAAUAAAGUGAAGCUUUUGUUCCAAAGUGAUUGAUGAGUGGGGCUGCCUGUCUGUUCUAUCACAGGUACUUGCUCCCUGGAAAUACCCUACGUAUUUACUAGAAAUAAUUUCUGCUGGCUAAGAGAAAUCAAUUUGUACGUGGAGGAAAAUAUCCGAUUAGGUAAAUAUUUUAAAAUAUGGAAAUACAAAUGUUCUCUCAAUAAUCAGAGAAAGAAUUUCAUAUCUGUAUUUAAGAUCCUCUACAGAGGUUAUGAAACAAGGAGCUUUCAGGUGAUGGCAAUGCUUACAGCAGAACAGGCUGGGAGUGAAGUGUUGGGAAGUUUUAGCCAAAAGCACGGAGCACCAAAUUGUGUCCUUAGGUCAGCACUGUGCCUCUACAUUUGGUAAGGGCGAGUGCCCUGGUGGGAUCGUCUCUCAGAGCUGCAUGGCCUCAUCCUGACCACUCUUUGCUUUCCCCAGUAACAGGAAUUACUACAGACUACAGGGAGGUGAAACAUCCAAGUUGCCAAACCUCUUGCAGUAACUUGGGGGCGUGUUUUAGGAAUCAGAUUCUGCAGUACACCAAGGUGAUGGAAGGCCUUCUUUUCCCAGAGGACAGCGGUGACCCUGCUUCUAACUGCUGUGGUCUGAUGUCAGGGUGCAUUCAGCAACUGGAGCUCCAAGUUGGCAAGUAGGUCCCAAGACAGCCCAGUCAGAUGGCAGCAGUCACACGACAAGAAGUGCUGGGCCUUUACCGCAAGGUGUUCCGAAUCGCCAAGAAAUGGCAGUCAGCGUCGGGACAGGUGGAAGAAACUGCUGCAGAGAGGGAGUACAUUAUAAAAGAAGCCAAAACAUUGUUCCGAAAAAACAAAGAUGUGGCAGAUCCGAAGCUGAUUAAGCAGUGCAUAGAAGAAUGUGAGGCAAGAAUAGAAAUUGGACUUCACUACAACAUCCCCUACCCAAGACCUAUCCAUCUGCCUCCCAUGGGUCUUACCCAGAAAAAAGGCCGUACGUUUCGACACCAGGAAAAGUUGAGGAAGAUUUCUAAGCCAUUAUACCUGAAAUCCCACGAUGAAAUUUCAUAACCCAUCAUUUCAGCUGUGAUGACUGGGAUUGUAGUGCAGGUGGUUUGUGUGUACAGCUGUGAAUGAAGCUGUUCUGGUCACUUGCUCCCACAUUGCCUGAGGCCUCUCCAAAAAGCCACGGAUGUGAUGCAGACAAUGGCCAGGGCUGGGCUGGUAUUUGCUGCAGUUCAGCCACUGACUGAUCAAUAAAAGUGGCACUUGGCAAGGAAUGAGGUGGGAUACUUCAACAUCAGGACGAAUUACAACAGUUUUUCAAAUCCUCUUAAUCCAUAGAAGGAUUCUUCUGUUGUUUGAGGAUUAUAUAUGCUCAGUUAUGAUUCAGGGCAAGGGUCAGCAAAAAGAAAAACGUGCUGGUUUCAUAGUACCUUUAUGAUGCAGUGUAUUUUCUAAAGAGACAGUAGCAAAAGGAUGAAAGGGAUUUCUUUUUUUGUAGAUUGCUCAGCAAUAGCCCAGCCUUAGUGUCAACUCCUUUCCCCAUCCUUCAGAGAGUAGGUGGAUGUGAAAUUCCAUGUUUGGAAUUUGCUACGGAGCAAAAAGCAUAACACUGUGUUGGGUUCCUCUUGUUCUCAUGAAAAACUUUCCCCUCAGGGUAUCGCCACUGGUGAAGCUUAAGCUAGUUGUGGAAUCUCUGCAUUUUCACGUGGUGAGCCUGCCAACAAAACUAGCACCUCAGCCUUCUCAGCAGAUACUGCAGCGUCAGGUUUUAACCUAACGUUGCAGACAGAAUCACAUCUUUAACAGUAAAAGAAACUGUUCAGUCUCCUAUGUUCAGAGAACACUGACCCUGGUGGUGUUCAAGGAACAUUUGGAUGUUGUGUUGAGGGAUAUGGUUUAGUGAGAGCUAUUGGUGAUAGGUGGAUGGUUGGACUGGAUAAUCCUGCAGGUCUUUUCCAAUUUUGGUGUUCCACGAAUGGAAAUGAGAUGGCAGCUUUUUCCCUGGCCGCGAUUACUUUGGCUCUGUUUGAGCCCUCUGCUUCCCAGAUCUCCAGAGGCAAGUUGGCAAAGCCUUCCCUGCUUCAGACUGGGAGUAGUGAUAAGGCCAAGUAGCCCACAAGAGCCACACUGUGCUGGGAGACAUCAUGAGCACAGCCCCCAGCUGCUUGAAGGACGAGAGGCAUGAGCUGCGGCUGCUCCAACCAGAAGGUAGUGGUGGCAACAAAGCACAUUUGCCCAAUGCAGUCUGUAUUAUUUUCCAUUAAUGUAGGCAAAGCUCAAUGAAAUCUCAUUUUCUCAGCUCUCCAACUCCUCCUGAACUCUCCAAGUCCCAACAGAAAGAAGAUGACAGCGAUAUUCUUGUCUGCCUUAAAAAUAGGUUUAAACUGAUGACAUAUGGAACAGAAUGACGGGUCCCCGCAGGGAAUGUACUUAGAAGAAUGAAAAAUUAUCAUUUCAGGCAGGUGAGAAAGUGCAAGGGAACAAGAAGGAGAGCUGGACAUUGUGAUGGGCACUGCCCAGUGUUGGAGGCAGUGCAACAGCCCAGCCCAACUUCUGGCUGCCCUUAAUAGCUCAGCCCACAGAGGUAAAUGUUCCCAGGUUAUUAUUUCCUGGGAAUGCCUCAUGGAAGAGGAACCCUGCACUGAACAUGUAGAACUGUUGUUCUGCCUGUCUGUGUGGGCUCUGCCAAUUCCUACUGCCAGGAAAACACAGAAUAGAACUCCCUUCAUUUAGGAAGAGGGAGAUGAUGGAAGUCAGAGACAGCAAGAAAUAAUAUGAUUAUACGCUGCUUCAUCCUUCAGAAACACUGUUCUCCUGUCCUUAGUUCUGAUAUAUCAGUGUAGGGAGAUAUUAGCUGAGCAAACCAAAAUCACAGAAUCAUAGACUCACCAAGGCUGGAAAUGGUGGAGAGAGAAGGAUUUUGAAUGGAAGCUUAGGCACGUUCUUUGUCAUGAAAUUAUGGCUCGUAUCUUUUUUUAACAAUUUGUAUGGCUAACAAAGUGUGACUCAGCAGGCAAAUAAAUGGUCGUGUAAACGAGCACUCUGAAUUUUCUGUGUUACAGUCACAACUCUUUCCUGAGUGAGCAUCCAUCCCCAAAAUUGCAGACUACUUACAUCAAAUGGAAGUCACAGUAUGAGUUUAGUUCUGAGGGGAAGGAGAACCAGCCUCAAAAGUGCUGUGCUGGGGAGGUCAGAGGAGGCAGAUUUCUCAGCCAGCACUUGUAGUAACUUCCAAGGGCCAUGCAAAUACUGUGAAUACUGUAAUGUGUACUGUUCCUACACAUUAAUUUUAAUUGCAGAAGAUGUCCUAAAAUGUCUCCUAGUUCCUCAGAGUCUGUGGUGCACUGGAUUCCUGCACUUCUUCAACUCUCCCUUACUCUCCUUCCAGUAAAUUCUGCCUGUUCCCUGUGCAUCGCUCUACUUGGAGGGUCUGAAAGCAGUUUAGAAUAACAACUGUCAGGUUCACUUGAUAUUAUUUCUGAAGAAAAGCUGAGCUGCCUGGACAACUGCAGGUGAACAGGUCGGCAGCACAGGUGUGGUUUGUGCAUACAACAUCUGGCCUGGAAUAUCUGAGUGUCUUCUUCCUGGAAAUCCUCACUCCACCAAGAGAAAGGUUACAGAUAGCCAAGGACUUAGGAGCCCAGCCUGAGCACUAACGUUAGCAACGAAGCACAUCAGUGCAUCUGAGACGUGGCACCCGCUUACCUGAUGUGCCCAAGUUGCAUUUCUAGGGGAGAAAAAACUCUCCUUACACUGUGGCAGUGAUACGAUCUGUUCCAAGGGAAGUGUCACAGGUGAGAAGGAAUAAGUCGUCUGAUGCAUCCUAGUGAUGCAUGUUUGCUGCUGUAACACACUUAGAUCCUGUUUAUGGCCCCACUGCCUGUCAGAACUGAUACCAGUAAUAUUCAUCUUUUAUCCACAGACAGAAUGCCACUUAUCUGAUCAUCCUGUAUUUUCAGGUUCCGAAGUAUGAAUUACAGGAGGGACCUUCAAGAUCUGCACCUGUCACUAAUAUUUCUAAUUAUCCAAAUAUUCUAGCUUGCAGGAGCUUGUCAGAAGAACCUGGGGCCUUUUUGCCUUCUCAUUGUAUCAUUUUCUCUUUUCGUAACCCAACAAGUAUAGAAUCAGAGGCAGUACUUUCUACUUCUGAAACAUCUUUUUGUACAGAAAAGGUGUAAGAAAGUUUGGUCUCCUGAGAAAACAUUCUGGCCCUGCCUGUUCAGCAUCCCUCACUGAACUUCCCUCUGAUGUUUUUGAGGAAGGAAUGCUUUUGUUCUGUAAUGCCUGUAUACAGUAUUCCCUUAUCUGCCUUGAGUUAUUAGUAAGGCUGAGAAUUUAGAUUUUCAAAAAUACAGAUAUUUUCCUCUUCUGGUUUGUAAUAAGAGUUUCAAAUUGAGAAAUACUAAGCCUGCAGAGCUAGAUAUUCUGCUACUGCCAUUACAUGGAAUUUCAGCUGUCCACCUUCUUUCCUAUUUUCAUAAUGGAAUUAAAGUGAGUCCAACUAA